UGGACGAUUACAUAUACACACAAUUAUUUAUCUUUUGGCUUUGGUAGAUAAACUCGAUGUUACCAAAAGUAUACACUAUCUAAUUACCAAACCAAAACAACAAUCUAAAACCCUUAUAUAUAUAUACUCUUCUUUGUAAUAACAGAGUGAAAAGCAAACACAUACAAAAAAAAAAAAAAAAAUCACCAUUCUUUCUUUAAUUUACUCUCAUCGUAUUUAUCAUUCUCCAAAUGAAUUGGACUAGAGGAAAAAUUGUAGGCCGUGGCUCAACAGCCACCGUUUCCGCCGCCACCUGUCAAGAAUCCGGCGAAACAAUCGCUGUGAAAUCCGCCGAGUUUCACCGGUCGGAGUUCUUGCAAAGAGAAGCUGAGAUUCUUUCUUCUUUAAAUUCUCCACACGUCAUCGGAUACAGAGGAUGCGCAAUUACGAAAGAGCCCUCCUCCAACAACGACGGAGAAGCUACGACUUACAAUCUCCUCAUGGAGUACGCGCCGUACGGAACGUUGGCCGACGUGGCCUCCAAGAACGGUGGUUUCCUCGAGGAGGCUCGCGUCGUGAAGUACACGCGCCAGUUGCUUCUUGGAUUGGAGUAUAUCCACAACUCCAUGGGAAUUGCGCAUUGCGACGUCAAGGGAAGCAACGUGUUGAUCGGAGAGAACGGAGAAGCCAAGAUCGCUGAUUUCGGGUGUGCGAAACGGGUCGAACCGGAAAGAACAGAACCGGUUAGAGGAACUCCGGCGUUUAUGGCUCCGGAAGUGGCCCGAGGAGAGAGACAAGGGAGAGAGAGCGAUAUCUGGGCGGUGGGAUGUACGGUGAUAGAGAUGGUUACCGGGUCGACGCCGUGGAGUGGAGCGGGUUGGAACGACCCGGUAUCGGUGCUUUACAGGGUCGGGUAUCUAGGGGAGUCACCAGAGCUGCCUUGCUCGCUUACGGAACAAGCAAAGGAUUUUUUAGGAAAGUGUUUGAAAAAAGAAGCCAAGGAGAGAUGGACAGCGAGUCAACUGUUGAACCAUCCGUUCUUGAUAACUAAACCGGAAAUGAUGGUAACCAGUUUGGUUACGAACUCACCGACAAGUGUGACGGAUCAGAUGUUCUGGAGAUCAGUGGAAGAGUCAGAGGACCGUCCAAGCUGGUGGGAAUGUCACGAGGAUGAGAGAAUUGGAGUGCUAAGCUGUUCUGGUCAGUUUGUGGUGGACUCCACAUGGGAUAUGGACGGUGCUGAUUGGAUCACGGUCCGAUGAUUAGUCGGUUCACUUGAGGGAUGGAGCGUUUGGUUAUUUCCCGAUUCAUUUUAGUCAAAAAGAAAUGUUGUUUUAGAUAUGCAUAAUAGGCUUUGGUUUAGGAUCAUUGAAAAUUUUGGAUUUGAGAGUGAAUGUAGAAGCAGUAUAGAAUUGAUGAGGUUUCAGAGAAUUUCAUGUA